CACUCGGUAUUCUUCUUUGAGGAAGUGCAUGUGCAAAACGUAAACAAAGUGUGUUGCGUAAUCUCACACCCAAUUGUCAUCUUUCGUGUCAGAUUUCUGUAAUCCGAGUGCGAGUAGGCUACGACAAAACAACAGGCAUUUCCAGCUGGUGAGAUUAUGGAGAAUGAUGAUGAUACUAAAGAAGACACCCAGUCACAAGUCAAGAACUCGGUCAACAUGGAGAAGAACUGCUGCAAUGAGGACACUUUCAGGCUUCACAUGGUCACGUGGAAUGUCGCUACAGCUGAUCCUCCAGAUGACAUCAGCUCCUUGCUUCACCUGAACUCCCCAAAGACCCCAGACCUCUAUGUGAUUGGUCUCCAGGAGGUGUACACUGCUCCUCACAGGUUCAUCAUAGACAUGGCUGUCGAGGACUCCUGGAGCCAUCUCUUCAUGUCCAGCCUGGCACCACGAGGCUACCUGAAGGUGUCCUCCAUCCGAAUGCAGGGCCUCCUACUGCUGUUCUUCUCCAAACUGGCCCACGUUCCAUUCAUUAGAGACAUCCAGGCCACCUACACUCGCACAGGCAUCUUCGGCUACUGGGGGAAUAAAGGUGGGGUGUCCAUCCGUCUGUCUUUCUACGGCCAUAUGCUCUGCUUCCUCAACUGCCACCUGGCAGCACACAUGCAGUACGCCUUGCAGCGCGUCGACGAGUUCGAGUACAUUCUGGACACACAGACCUUCGACCCCAAAAAGACACCGCAAAUCCUCGACCACAAGCUGGUCUUUUGGUUUGGGGAUUUGAACUUCCGCAUCCAAGAUCAUGGCAUGCAUUUUUUGCGCAACUGCAUCACCAGCCAUAAGUUCAACUUGCUGUGGAGCAAAGACCAGCUAACCAUGAUGAAGAAGAAGGAGGCUCUCCUGCAGGAGUUUGACGAGGGACCUUUGGACUUUCAACCAACCUACAAAUUCGACAGGUUCUCUGACUGCUAUGACAGCAGGCCCCACAGGACAUGGUUUGGUUUUCAUGGUAAGAUGCGUAAGCCGGCCUGGACAGACCGGAUCCUGUGGAGGGUGAAGCCCAAAGAGCCACCCCCAGAGGAGGAGGAGGAGGAGGACGAGGACAGGGACUCUGGUCUGGAUGAGAAGAACACCAAGCAGCAGCAGGAGGCGGAGGAGGAAGAGUUCCCUCUGAAACUCAAGCAGGACUCGUACACCAGCAACAUGGAGUACGGCGUCAGCGACCACAAGCCUGUCAUCGGCUUGUUUACUUUGGAGUUGAGGAAGAUGUACGAGACGCCGUUGGUGCGCGUUUGUGCCGAGGGUGAAUGGAGCGCCGACUUUGAUGCCAUGGUGAUCUACAGCCCCCUUCAGCCCUUCCCUUCUAGUGCCUGGGACUGGAUAGGCCUCUACAAGGUGGGAUUCAGGAGUGUUUCGGACUACAUUACCUACACCUGGGUGAAGGAUGAUGAGGUCUCAUUUAAUGACGAGCUCACCCAGGUCUAUGUGAGCAAGGAUGAGAUUCCGGUGCUCGGAGGGGAGUGCAUUCUCUGCUACUACUGCAGUACGCUCCAAUGCAUUGUGGGUAUUAGCUCACCCUUUAAGAAUUGCAGUGGAGAAAUGUCUAGGCUGAUGGACCCUCCACCCAAGUUCCUGCCACCAGAAUGGAGGCUUGCAAACCAAAUACAUUAUGGGAGUGCGGAGGCUGAGCGUUCACGCUCUGAGCGACUAACCGCUGAGAGUAAGAGGCUGAUAGAGGAGAGUGGCAUGGCAGCCAAACGCAUGCAACAGGAUGCCAACAAGAGACUGGAGCAGAGAAUCCAUGACAUCAAGUUCUGGAGGACUGAGCUGGACCAGAAGCUGGAGGAGAUUGUCCAGGAGAUUGAGGUGCUGAUAACCUGUAAGAGCCGGGUGGAGAGAAGCCUGGAGAGCUGUGCCGAGCCCCUCAGAGUCGCCCUGCAGUGCCUGACUGAGCGGCAGAGGCGUGUUUCCAUUGACCUGGUACAUGACGAGGUGGAGCGGGAACUGAUGAAGGAGAGGGAGGUGAUCGAGGGAGUGGCAUCACUGCUGAACCGCACCCUGGAGCAGACCAAUGAACAGAUCAGACUGAACCGCUCUGCAAAGUACUACCUAGAGAAGGACCUGCGGGACAAGUUCCAAGCAGAGCAGAUUGAUGGUUUCUGCUCCAUGCUCACAAACACCUCCCCGAAUAUUGACAACGUGGCUAGUCAGACAGCACUCGCAGUACCAGGUGCCACUGUGACACCAGAGGAGUGGGAGACCUUCUCCAACAUCAACAUCCUCAAAGCAGAGCGAGAGAAGAACAAUUCCCUGUCGCUGAGGGCUCUGGUGGAGAGCCUCCUGGAGCAGACGGCUGCUGACAUGCACAGGCAGCACAAUGCUACGGGCACUGCCCUCCGGCUGCAGGUCCAGGAGACCAAGACGGCCAAAGGACAACUAGAGGAGCACCUGGCAAAGGUUCUGUCAGAGGUGGCCAGCCAGGAGUGGAACCUGGAGGCCCUGCGCGUGGCCAUCGAAGACAAAGCAGGUCCCCUGAAGGUGGCCCAGACACGGCUGUCCGCCCGUAGCCAGAGACCCAGCAUCGAGCUCUGCCAUGACCCGGUCCAGGUCCGCCUGCUCUCCGAGGUCCAGGAGCUCACUGCACACAUCAAGAGACUGCGAGAGGCCCAGGCCCAGUCAGAGAUGGAGCUGCUGUCCCUGACCCGCUCCCAGCUGAUCCUGGAAGAGGAGAUCCAGGUCAAGUCCCACUCCCUCUACAUCGACGAGGUCAUCUGCACCCAGCUCCGCCAGCCCAUCUCCAUCCACAGCUUCUGAAUACCACUCCCACCAUGACAAGCCUGGUCCCUGAUCUGUUUGUGCUGUCUUGCAUUAACAGAUCUGGGACAACCCUAGACCAUGGCCACACUGGAGGGACUAUAGUGGGGCUCUUUAGCUGAUGCUGACAUACCCAGGCUAGCAUUUUCAAAUCAAAAUGGGCAAUUUUACUGCUGAAUAAAAUAUGAGGUAUACAUUAUGAUGGAAAGUUGGAGUGCAUGUAUUGUUUGCAGCAAUUUUAAUAAAAUAUUUGGGUUUGAAGAAAAGGAG